AUGGAUAAAUUUUUAAUUAAACGACCGAUGAAUAGUGAUGAUGAAAGUGUUAUAGAAACUAAAGUUCGUAAGGUAUUGGAAAUGUCGUCAGAUGUAAAAACCAGUCGAAAAGUUAAUAAAAAGGACCGUAAAUACCAAGACAGUUACAUCAAGUUUGGAUUCACUUUCGAUGUUGAAAAAGGUGAGCCAAAAUGUGUUAUUUGUUUAGAAAGAUUAGCUUCAGAAAGUAUGAAGCCAUCAAACCUAAAACGACAUUUAGUUACUAAACAUCCUCAAUUCCAACAUAAAGAGGAAGACUUUUUUAAAAGGUAUGAAAAUUCGAUAGAAGUUCAAAAAAAUACUAUGCGUAAUUUUUCUUCAGUUCCUAAAAAAGCUCUAGCUGCAUCAUUAGAGGCUUCAUAUUUAAUUGCUAAAACCAAAAAACCACACUCUAUUGGUGAAUCUCUCGUUUUGCCAGCCGCUAUAAAAAUAGUAUCAAUUAUGCAUGGCGAAUCAUAUAAAAAUGAAUUAAAAAUGAUUCCCUUAUCAAGAGAUACUGUGUCACGUCGAAUUGAAAAUAUGUCUGAUAAUAUAAAAUCACAACUCCUAAAUAGAUUACGAGGAAAUUAUUAUGCAAUGCAAUUAGAUGAAUCUACGGAUAUAACUAAUCUUGCUCAACUUCUUGUAUAUAAGGACGUACGACUGGAAAUGAUAUUUUUGUUCUUAUAA